UCCCACAACGCAGCGCCUCUUUCUCUUCUUCAUCUUUUCGUUUCUCCUCCAUUUGCGUUUCCAGAAAACCCUCUCCCAUGGCCUCCAGGGGGAGCGGCCCCGGUGGUGGGCGCGCUGGCCGAGGGGACGGCGCAGGGCGCGCGCCUGCUGGACGGGGCGACGGCGGAGGGCGCGGGCCCGGUGGCCGUGGCGGGGCCGGAAGAGCAGGUUACGCGCAGCAGCAGUACGGUCGAGGCGAUGGUGGAGGUCGCGGCCUCGGUGGUCGAGGAGUCGGCGGGCAGUACCAGCAGCCGCCUCCCGCUCGGGUCGACGCGGGAGGCCGCGGGAUCGGCGCUCCGGCAGGCAACCGCCCUGUCGCGCCGCGUCCGGCCGCCCCCAUGGCGGUCCCGUCGGCAACGUCUACGAGUUCUCCGUCCUCGUCGACUGCUCAUGAUCUUGCGAGGGACGUGGGAAGGCUUUCCGUGACAGACCCUCCACCUCGCCCACCUGCGGCCGCCGCGGCGCCCCAGGCUCGUCGGCCGCCUCCUCCGGCCGCGGCGGUGGCGGCGGCCCCUGCUCCUCCUCCACCCGCGCCUGCCGCGGAGGUGGAGGGAUCUCAACCCGAGUCGCAGGCGCCUGCGUUACCGGCGGCCGCACCGGUGUCUAGCAAGUCGGUGAUGCCACCCGCGCGUCCGGGUUUCGGGACGUCGGGGCGGAAGAUGAUCGUGCGGGCGAACCACUUCCUCGUGGGCUUCGCCGACAAGGACAUCUGCCACUACGAUGUUACCAUUAGUCCUGAGCCUAAGACAAGACGGGUCAACAGGGUUAUAAUGACCGAGCUGAUGAACAAGCACCGUACGUCCUCUCUCGGUGGUCGAUUGGUGGCUUAUGAUGGCAGCAAGAGCCUGUACACUGCAGGUGAGCUGCCAUUCACAGUGAUGGAUUUCUCCGUCAAGCUGGGGAAAGAACGAAGAGAAAUCGAGUACAAGGUAACAGUUCGAUUUGCCGCGCGGGCAAACUUGUAUCACCUGCAGCAGUUCCUCAGUGGCAGGCAGAGGGACUGUCCCCAGGACACCAUACAAGCGCUCGAUGUUGUGCUGAGGGAGUCACCUUGUCAGAACUAUGUCACUGUUUCUCGAUCCUUCUUCUCGGCAACGUUUGGCCAUGGCGACAUCGGUAAUGGCCUCGAAUGUUGGAGAGGGUUUUACCAGAGUUUGCGGCCCACACAGAUGGGCCUGUCACUGAAUAUAGACAUAUCAUCGACGUCAUUUUAUAAGCCUAUCCCGGUGAUGGAAUUUGCGCGGGAUUGUCUGAAUCUGAGGACUGUCGAUGCAAAUCGGCCUCCUUCUGACAGGGACCGUCUGAAGCUUAGGAGAGCACUGCGAGGGGUUCGUGUUGAAACUACUCACCAAGAGGGAAAGAAAAGUAUGUACAAGAUAACCGGGAUUACUUCCGACCCUCUGGUUCAGCUCAACUUUCCUCUGGAUGAAGGCACCCAAAUGACUGUUGUACAAUACUUUUGGGACCGGUACAAGUAUAGACUGAAAUUCACCUCAUGGCCUUGUCUUCAGUCCGGCAGUGAUGCUCGUCCUAUAUAUUUGCCCAUGGAGGUGUGCACAAUUAUUAAAGGGCAGAGGUUCUCCAGGAAGCUUAACGAGAAACAAGUGACUGCCAUACUUAAAGCUACUUGUGAACGUCCCAAGCAGAGGGAGGAGAGUAUACUUAAGAUGGUUGACCACAACAACUACGCAGCUGAUACGCUGGCACGGGAGUUUGGAGUUGAUGUUACCAAUAAAAUGGUGAAUGUGCAGGCUCGUUUGCUACCUCCACCCAUGCUCAAAUAUCAUGAUUCUGGAAGGGAGAAAUCUUGUGUACCAAGUGUUGGCCAAUGGAAUAUGAUCAACAAGAAAAUGGUUGAUGGAGGAAACGUUCAGAGCUGGACUUGCUUGAACUUUUCACGCAUGCCAGUUGAAGGGGUGCGUAUGUUUUGUGGCGACUUAGUCCAAAUGUGCAAUUCCAUUGGCAUGGUUUUCAAUCAAAUGCCAGUUGCAGAGAUCCGCUCAGCAUCUGCUAAUAACAUAGAAGGUGCUUUGAAGGAUGUACACCAGAGGGUCCCUGAGCUCCAGUUGCUUAUUGUGAUUCUCCCGGACGUUUCUGGCCAAUAUGGGAAAGUUAAGAAGGUGUGCGAAACUGAGCUUGGGAUAGUAUCUCAAUGUCUCAAGCCAGACAAGGUCAACAAAGCAAACAAGCAGUAUUUUGAAAACGUCGCGCUCAAAAUCAAUGUGAAGGUUGGAGGGAGAAAUACAGCUCUUCAGCAAGCUCUUUCACGCAAAAUGCCGUUUGUCAGCGACAUACCUACAAUCAUUUUUGGUGCUGAUGUAACACAUCCUGCAGCGGGGGAGGAUUCCUCUGGGUCGAUUGCAGCUGUGGUUGCCUCUAUGGACUGGCCUGCAAUCACAAAGUACAGAGCUGUGGUUUCUGCACAACCACCCAGGCAGGAGAUUAUUCAAGAUCUCUUCUGGACAACUACAGAUCAAGAGAAGGGCAUCAUGCCCGGUGGAAUGAUCAGGGAGUUACUGCUAGCAUUCUAUAGGCAGAACAACAAUAUAAAGCCCCAGAGGAUUAUAUUCUACAGGGACGGCGUAAGUGAAGGGCAGUUCGCUGAAGUUCUGAUGUAUGAAAUGGAUGCCAUCAGGAAGGCCUGUCAAUCUUUGCAGAAGGAUUAUCUGCCCAAAGUGACAUUUGUGGUUGUCCAGAAAAGGCACCACACAAGGCUCUUCCCUGAGGUGCACAUGAAGGAGACUGACAGAAGUGGGAACAUCCUUCCUGGAACCGUGGUGGACACAAAUAUAUGCCAUCCUACAGAGUUUGACUUCUACCUUUGUAGCCAUGCAGGGAUUCAGGGCACAAGCAGACCAGCUCACUACCAUGUUCUGUAUGACGAGAAUCGGUUCACUGCCGAUGGGCUACAGUCGCUCACGAACAACCUAUGCUACACAUACGCUCGCUGCACUCGCUCUGUGUCUGUUGUUCCUCCAGCCUACUACGCUCACCUGGCGGCGUUCCGCGCACGAUAUUAUGACGAGCCGAUGGAGGGCUCUGACAGCACCUCGGUCGUCAGCGCUGGGAGCCGGGCGGCGGCCGGAGCAACAGGCCCUCCUGUGGCGUACCGCAGGCUCCCCCAGAUCAAGGAGAACGUCAAGGACGUCAUGUUCUACUGCUGAAUUGGCCGUUGUUGGCAAGUUCAUGGGACUCCUCAUUUUAGUUGUCCUGCUGCUUAAUUAGGUGGUACUUUUGUUGGCGACUUGUGUUUGUUGUGUUGAUGGAUCAUGCGUCAUGGAUAUACUCUGGUGUGCGUCAUGGAUAUACUCUGGUGGGUUGUUGGUAACAUGUGAUAUGUUGUGCCGACGUGGUUUA